AUGCGUUACUCUACCAUCUUUGCACUCCUUUCCCUCACAGCCGUCACACAAGCUGCCGCUCUUGAAGUCCGAAACGCGAAUCACGUCAGCAAAUAUACCAGUGAUGCUUGCAAUAACAACGACAAAUACGCGAAAUGGAAAAGCGCGUUGAGUUGCUUCUGUGUUAAAAUCGGACCAGAAGCUGCCAGUAUUUAUACCGACCAUGAGCCUAUGCAACAUGUUAUCGCAUUCAGCGAUGGCAACUGCAAGAAUGAACUUGGACGGCUUCAUGCGAAAAAGUGCGUUAAGACUGCUGAUAGAUUUGACGCUGGGGCAAUUGGCAGCGUUAAGUUCUGGGUUCCAGGAGGCUGUGAUCUUCUUGAUGGCAUCGAAGGAAUCAAAGCCGGCAUUGAUGAUAUCUUCCUAACCGCGGCUGAACUUAUUGCUUGA